GGAGGAGAGAAGUCGGUCUGGCACAGACACUCUGAAAUGAGGGAUUAGAGGCUGGGAUCUAAGGAGCAAGAGCUACAGCCAAAAGACGAGGGAGCAGGCCCUGAAGACGCAUCUACUGAGAGGUCUGCCAUGGCCUCUCUCGGCCUCCAACUUGUGGGCUACAUCCUGGGCCUGCUGGGGCUGUUGGGCACCCUGGUUGCCAUGCUGCUCCCCAGCUGGCGAACAAGCUCUUACGUCGGUGCCAGCAUCGUGACCGCAGUCGGCUUCUCCAAGGGCCUCUGGAUGGAGUGUGCCACACACAGCACAGGCAUCACCCAGUGUGACAUCUACAGCACCAUGCUGGGCCUGCCUGCUGACAUCCAGGCUGCCCAGGCCAUGAUGGUGACAUCCAGUGCAAUCUCCUCCUUGGCCUGCAUUGUCUCUGUGGUGGGCAUGAGAUGCACAGUCUUCUGCCAAGAGUCCCGAGCCAAAGACAGAGUGGCGGUGGUGGGCGGAGUCUUCUUCAUCCUUGGAGGCCUCCUGGGCUUCAUCCCUGUUGCCUGGAAUCUUCACGGGAUCUUGCGGGACUUCUACUCCCCACUGGUGCCUGACAGCAUGAAAUUUGAGAUCGGAGAGGCUCUUUACUUGGGCAUUAUUUCCUCCCUGUUCUCCCUGGUAGCUGGAAUCAUCCUCUGCUUUACCUGCUCGCCUCAGGGAAAUCGGUCCAACUACUACGAUGCCUACCAGGCCCAGCCCCUGGCCACUAGAAGCUCUCCAAGGCCUGGUCAACCACCCAAAGGCAAGAGUGAGUUUAACUCCUACAGCCUGACAGGGUAUGUGUGAAGGACCAGGGGCCAAAGAUCGGGGGUGGCUGGGUCUGUGAAAAACAGUAGACAGCCUCCCCCAGGGCCACAGGUGAGGGACAUUGCCACUGGAUUGUGUCAGAAGGCACUGCUGAGGAUAGACUGACUUUGGCCACUGGAUCGAGCAAAGGCAGGAACGGGAGCUGGUGUGACAGCGUGCAGGCUGAACUGUCAAGAUGCUUGUCAAGCCAGACUUUCCGUUUCCUUCAUCCUGGCUCCCCAUCUCCCACCCUGAGUCCCCAACCCUCAACUCCACUCCCCUCCCCCCCACCCCGAGGCCAGGCCCCAGAGUCUCCCCUUUACCUUCUGCUUUACCUGGUAAUCCAUCC